GACCGGCGCCGCGGGACGGAAGCGAGCGGGCGCGGGCGCCGCGCAGAUGGCCGGGGCGAGCGAGAUCUGAGGCUCUGCUCCCCGAAACGUGACCAUGUGGAUUCAACAGCUUUUAGGACUCAGUUCCAUGUUCAUCCGCUGGCCCGGCUGCUCUCUAGGAAGCCAUGCUUGGAUCCUUAUAGCCAUGUUUCAGCUCGCCCUGGAUCUGCCCGCGUGUGAGUCCCUGGGCCCGGGCCCCGAGUUCCGGCUGCUUCCCCGGCUGCCCCACCGGCCGCCCCGCGUGUGGAGUUUUAAGAGCGGACAGCCCGCCCGGGUCCCAGCGCCCGUGUGGAGCCCCCGGCCGCCCCGCUUGGAGCGUGGUCACAGUCACGGGCAGAUGCUGAGCCCCCGGGCCCGACGGGCGCACAGACCCAGGGACCAGGUGGCCACUCUGGGGCCCAAAGCGGGGCUGGCCAAGCCCCCAGCUGCUGCCAAAUCCAGCCCUUCUCUGGGCUCCUCCUCCUCCUCCUCCUCCUCUGCGGGGGGCAGUGGAGCUCCCACGGACCAGCAGGCCCUCCUGCGGCGGGGGAAGAGGCACCUGCAGGGGCCCGUUUUCAACAGCUUUGACUUCCGAGGCAGCAGGCCCACCACGGAGACGGAGUUCAUUGCCUGGGGGCCCACGGGGGAGGAGGAGGCCCCGGAAUCCAAUACAUUUCCAGGCGUUUAUGGCCCCACCAAGGUCUCCAUCUUCCAAACGCGGAAGACAGCUGUGGCCACUGCCACCGCCACCGCCACAGCCACCACGGCCACCUCCGUGACACUGCAGACUCAGGGGGUCACCGAGCCCCUGGACCCCAGGAGUGGGAAACCGGUUGGGGUAAGCACAACGGAGCCUUCCACGAGUCCCAGCAGAGACAGUGGCAAAGUCAGCAAGCCCCCGCGGGUUCUGGGGGAGACCUCAGGUUUGGCGGUCCAUCAGAUCAUCACCAUCACCGUCUCCCUCAUCAUGGUCAUAGCUGCUCUGAUUACAACUCUUGUCUUAAAAAACUGCUGCGCCCAGAGCGGGAACCCUCGUAGGAACAGCCACCAGCGGAAGACAAACCAUCAGGAGGAGAGCUGCCAGAACCUGACGGACUUCACGCCCGGCCGGGUGCCCAGCAGCCUGGACAUCUUCACGGCCUAUAACGAGACCCUCCAGUGUUCGCACGAGUGUGUCCGGGCGUCUGUGCCCGUGUACACUGAUGAGACGCUGCACCCGGCCGGGGAGUACAAAUCCACGUUUAACGGGAACCGACCCUCUUCUUCUGACCGGCAUCUUAUUCCUGUGGCCUUUGUGUCUGAGAAAUGGUUUGAAAUCUCCUGCUGACUGGCCGAAGGCUUUUUUAC